AUGCUCGGCUUCUGUUCCGAGCGAACCCUGAGGGUUGCUGAGCUCAUCAAUGACUACCGAUCUUUGCUGAACCAUAUUAUGGUCCAUGUUACGGGCAUGUCGCUACGGGAUGUAAAUUGUUCAGUUCAUACGGUGUUUAUAGAGGGUUAUACAGUUGCCCAACGCUUAUUGUCGGCAAGUUUUGAUCUAGACAUGACGUUGAAUUCCUGUGACUUCGAUUACACAGCACAGCUCAAACACAGGAUAAUACUAGAUGCAAGCGCCCGUCGCCACCAAGCACACAAGGUCUAUCUCAGCAUAGCGGCCGCUAAACGCUGGUUGCUCAACCGUAGCUACGUGCUAAGGCAUUCCGCGGCCAAGGAUCUUGAUAACCGGUUGCAAGACGUGGAUGUGUUAUUUUACGAAGAGAUCCACAAUGUUUCCGACCGUGUGGUAGCAUCCAACCUGCGUGCUGCCGACAUAAGGAGCGGAUACUGCGUUGACGAGGAUCCACCAUUGAAUAUGAUCAUUAGUUGGAUACAGUCGCAUUAUUGA